CUUUUCAGCAGCAGCAGGGACAUUGAGCCACAGAAUGCUCUUGCUCUGGUUCACAGAAUUUGUAUAUUAAUUUUAAUUUCGCGUUCUCUGCUUCCUCUUCAUGAGUUCGAUCGCCGAUACAAGGAUUGCCAAGCUUGGUUUUUUGGGGAGGAUAAGAUCAAAGCACCAGAAAUGAGCGGCUUUUAGUUGAGAAAGAGAAAACCCAACUCCGGCCAAAUCCUUUUCAGCCGAUCACAACUUUCCUUGACUCCAGUGACUGCGCCAUUCUCCUCACCUACCUGAGAACGACCUUCGCCAAGGACCAAACUUAUCAGAAAAUUGCAGCAGUUAGGAGAGGGCGGCGAGAUUGGAAAUAUUGAAACACGCAACAAAGGCCUACCUUCAGCUAUUCUACAUCAACCUUCAGCCCAGCCUCCGGCGACGACGGUAACAGAAGACAGCAAUUUCAGUCCCUUUUUUCCGCUUCCAUCCAGCGUGUUUCUAAGAAUUCCAUUUUCAGUUGGUGAAUCUCAGUAUUAAGAAAACGAAGAAGAGGGGAGAUUUUUGCAUUUUCCAGUGAAUCCCAGUCAUAUAUAUCAUCUCAUUUUGCUCAGUUUUUGGUAAUAUGAUAUUCUCUUUCCAAUAGAUUUUAUUUUUUUCAUGGAGAUAGAUCUUGAGCUGCCUUCAAACGAGCAGGAGAAACUAAAUACUGGAUCAAAUAAAAGUAUUGAUGUCAUGGAUAGUGCAUACAGGUUGCAUGUUACUGAAGAGGAGAUAUAUUCUCCUGCAGGUGAAUAUGUUGAGGAAGCCUGCAGGCCAAAUGAAAAUGAAUGUUGUCCUGGUGAUGGAGAUCACGUGGAAGGGAAUAUUGUCCGAGCUGAUGCUGUUAACAAAGGUGUAAUUAUUGAGCCCCAAAAUGGUUUGGAAUUUGAAACAAAGGAGGCGGCAUAUUCUUUCUACAGAGAAUAUGCUCGAUCUGUAGGAUUUGGCAUCACAAUAAAAGCCAGUCGACGAUCUAAAAAAUCUGGAAAAUUUAUUGAUGUAAAAAUUGCAUGUUCUAGAUUUGGAAGCAAGCGCGAGUCGAGUGCAACUGUCAAUCCGCGAUCAUGCAUAAAGACAGAUUGCAAAGCAGGUAUGCACAUGAAGAGAACGCAGGAAGAAAAGUGGAUUAUAUAUAGUUUCAUAAGGGAGCAUAACCAUGAGAUUUGUCCAGAUGAUUUUUAUAAUUCCAUUCAGGGACGAAAUAAGCAAUCUGGUGUAAUUGCAUGCCAAAAGAAAGGGCUGCAGUUGGCUUUAGAUGAGGACGAUAUACAAGUCAUGCUUGAGCAUUUUAUGUGCAUGCAGGCCCAAAAUCAUAAUUUCUUUUAUUCAUUAGAUAUUGACCAUGAAAAACGUUUGAGAAAUGUGUUCUGGAUCGAUGCGAAAGGCAGGCAUGAUUACAAUUUUUUCUGUGAUGUUGUUUUCUUUGAUACCUUUUAUGUUAGAAGCAAAUAUAAGGUUCCUUAUGCUCCCAUUAUUGGAGUCAACCACCACUUUCAAUCCAUUUUACUUGGAUGUGCAUUGAUUGGAGAGCAGACUACAUCGACUUUCAUUUGGUUAAUGCAGACAUGGCGUAAAGCAGUGGGUGGUCAAGCUCCUAAAGUAAUUAUUACUGAGCAAGAGAAAUGCUUAAAUGAAGCUGUUUCAAGUGUGUUUCCUGAUACAUGCCACUGUUUUUGUUUAUGGCAUAUAUUGAGUAAGAUGCCUGAAAAUUUGUCUUGUGUUGCAAAUGAAGGUGAAACUUUUAUGGCCAAAUUCAAUAAAUGCAUUUAUAGGUCUUGGACAGAUGAGCAAUUUGAAAAGAGAUGGUGGAAAUUAGUUGAUAAGUUUGAACUACAGGAUAACGAAUGGGUUCACUCAUUAUUUCAAGAUCGUAAACGAUGGGUUCCAACAUAUAUGCAAGAUACAUUUUUAGCUGGAAUGUCUACAACUGAGCGAUAUGGAAGUAUAGCCUCUUUCUUUGACAGGUAUAUUCACAGGGAAAGUACAUUCAAGGAGUUUAUGGAGCAGUAUAAAAUAUUUUUGGAAGACUGGAUUGAAAUGGAAGCCAAAGCUGAUUUCGUAACACGAAACAAACAACCUGCAUUAAGAUCUCACUCGUCAUUUGAGAAACAAAUGUUGGGAGUCUAUACAGAUGCAGUAUUUAAGAAAUUUCAGGUUGAGGUUUUGGGAGCAGUUUCAUGUCAGCUUCAGAAGGAAAGUGAAGAUGGGGCAACUUGUAACUUCCAAGUUGACGAUUUUGAAGAACGACAUAACUUUCUUGUAAUGUGGAAUGAAGCAGCAUCAGAUAUUCGUUGUUUAUGUCGUUCAUUUGAAUAUAGAGGUUUUCUUUGUAAACAUGCAAUCCUUGUUCUUCAGAUGUCUGGUGUUUCCAACAUACCAUCCCCCUAUAUAUUAAAAAGAUGGACAAAAGAUGCAAAGAUCACUCAAAGUGUUAGCGAAAUAUCUAAUGGUCUUCCUUAUAGGGUACAACGUUUCAAUGAUUUAUGUAAGCGAGCCAUCAAACUGUGUGAAGCGGGGUCUUUAUGUGAAGAAGCUUAUCAUAUUGCAUUCCAGGCAUUAGAAGAAGUCUUGAGAAGUUGUGUAAGUGUCAACAAUUCUGUUAGAAGUGCUUCAGAACCCAAUUCAUUGGCCGUUCAUGGUUUUCUUAACAUUGAAGAAGAGAAUCGUAGCAGCAAUAUGGCCAAAUCAUCUAAGAAAAAGAAAAUUUAUAAGAAGAAAAAGGUACUUUCUGAGCCAGAAGGGAUAACGGUUGGUUUAAAAGACAGCUACCAGCAAUUGGAACAGAUCAACUCCCGAGCGCACACCACUGAAAAUUGCUAUGUUCCACAACAGGACAUGCAAGAUAUGGAAUUGGGCUCCAGGGCACAAACCCUUGAUGAUUUCUAUGGUCCUCAACAUGGCAUGCAAGGCACGGGACAACUGAACUCAAUAUCGCCAAUGCGUGAUGGUUAUCAUCAGGGCUUACCAGGCAUGGGGCAGUUACAUUCAAUAUUGACAUGUGUUAGUUCCUAUGGGGCACAACAAAGCAUGCAGGCACUGGGCCAGCUAGGCUUUAGAGUACCAACUGUGCAGGGCUGUUUUCACAUACAGAGUAAUUUGCAAGAUAUGGAACGGCCUGUUGGCUCCACACAGUAUCACAGAGUGGCACCAAAGCAUCUAAAUGAUAAGCGUCAUUCACAUUAACUCAAAUACUGAUACUUCUCCAAUCUCAGUGUAAAAGUAUAUAUAAUAUAAUCAUCCUCUAAUGCUUUGGUUGCAAUUUUUUGUUUUCCUCUAUGACAGAUGCUCUCCCACGAUUGGAGAAAGCUCCACGUAUGUAAUUUAGAUUUAUUACUUAUUUGCUGGUAAAGUUAGCUGUACCAUUUUCAAAACAGAAAGGGACGGGAUCGCGGAGGGGCUAUAUAUUAUAAGAAAUAAGUCAGCGAUAAGGCAUGAACUUUUCUGUGCUUAGAGGAAAUUCAUGUUAUCGAUCGGUUCAGUUCGGUUAAUUUUCUAAUAAGCUUUUCUAGAUUCACUUUGAGGUUCCCAUAACUUCUCAGCUCAUUGGAAGUGUUUUUCAAUUUGAAUUUUAAUAUUUAAUAUUCAUGUGUGAUUUCUGAUCA